AACGGACUGAGCGCGCUCCGACGUGACGCACGUGAGCGAGCGCGUACGUAUGUACGCGCGUGUACGCGUGCGCAUGCUCACGCGAGAGUCAGCGCGGCGGAAGGGCCGUGCGGUCGUCGAAAGCCCUUUAAACAGGAAUGUGUUUCUGAUCAUCUGAAUCUCAACCAUGUUGUCAAACUCCUUACAUUUCCUAAAAAUUACAAGCAGUCGUUUUCUAUCUUCAAGAUUAUGCCAUCAAUUAAUAAAUGAAAAGAGGUUUUUUGGAACUGUGCCAACAUCCAGAAGAGUUGUCAUUACAGGAAUUGGUUUAGUGACUCCCCUUGGUGUUGGAACUCAAUUGGUAUGGGAGCGUCUUCUCCGAGGAGAAAGUGGAAUUGUUUCACUGCUUGGUGAAGAAUAUAAGAGUAUUCCUUGUAGUGUUGCUGCUUAUGUGCCAAGAGGUUUUGAUGAAGGUCAGUUUAAUGAACAAAACUUUGUGUCCAAAUCAGAUAUUAAGUCCAUGUCUUCUCCCACUAUCAUGGCCAUUGGGGCAGCAGAGUUAGCCAUGAAAGAUUCUGGCUGGCAUCCUCAGUCAGAAGCUGAUCAAGUGGCUACUGGUGUUGCAAUUGGCAUGGGAAUGGUUCCUCUGGAAGUUGUUUCUGAAACUGCUUUGAUGUUUCAGACAAAAGGUUAUAAUAAAGUCAGCCCAUUCUUUGUCCCUAGGAUUCUGAUUAAUAUGGCAGCAGGCCAGGUCAGCAUUCGACAUAAUCUCAAGGGCCCCAAUCAUGCAGUAUCAACAGCCUGUACCACAGGAGCUCAUGCUGUGGGAGACUCUUUUAGAUUUAUAGCCCACGGUGAUGCUGAUGUGAUGGUGGCUGGAGGUACAGAUUCUUGUAUUAGUCCUUUAUCUCUUGCUGGGUUUUCCAGAGCCCGGGCUCUGAGCACAAACUCAGAUCCUAAGUUAGCAUGUCGACCAUUUCAUCCAAAGAGAGAUGGUUUCGUAAUGGGAGAAGGUGCAGCUGUGCUGGUGCUGGAAGAAUAUGAGCAUGCUGUUCAAAGAAGGGCCCGGAUCUAUGCAGAAGUUUUGGGCUAUGGACUCUCAGGUGAUGCUGGUCACAUAACUGCCCCUGAUCCUGAAGGAGAAGGUGCAUUAAGAUGUAUGACUGCUGCUAUAAAAGAUGCAGGGGUUCAACCUGAAGACAUAUCCUAUGUCAAUGCACAUGCUACUUCCACACCAUUGGGAGAUGCUGCUGAAAACAAAGCCAUCAAACAUCUCUUUAAAGACCAUGCAUAUGCCCUUGCAGUUUCCUCAACGAAGGGAGCCACAGGACAUCUUCUGGGAGCUGCAGGGGCAGUUGAGGCAGCUUUUACUGCAUUAGCUUGUUAUUAUCGAAAACUACCACCUACUUUAAAUCUGGAUUGCACAGAACCAGAAUUUGAUCUGAAUUAUGUUCCGCUAAAGGCACAGGAAUGGAAAACUGAUAAACGAUGUAUUGGACUCACCAAUUCUUUCGGUUUUGGGGGUACUAAUGCAACACUUUGUAUUGCUGGUAUAUAGUAAUUUAAUUAAACAGUAUUUUUUAAAAUGUGGAAAUAAUAUAUCCAUGCAUAUGUUUCUAUAUCAAAAUCCAGAUACCCUUUAUCUCUGUUAGGGUUGCUUAACCUUAACUAUUGAUAUUUGGUGUAGGAUAGUUCUUUAUUGGGGAAAAAGGACCUGUCCUGUGCAUUGUAUGAUGUUUUACAGCUUCCUGGUCUCUUCCUAGUAAAUUACAGUAGCAAAUCCUUCCCUAAUUUGACAACCAGAAAUCUCUAAACAUUGCCAGAUGUUUUCUGGGGACAAAAUAACCCACAUCUGAAAACUGCUGAUCCAUAAUUUCCUAAUACUCUAGUUCAAACAGCUUUCUGACAUUUCAUCUUCUGUUCCUUUCAGAGACAUUUAAAGAAGAGCUACUUUAUACUAGGCAGGGUUGCUGCAUGGUACAACUCCAGGUGCACCAUCCACAUAUAGUAUAUUGAAAGGAAUACCAGUAUAUAUCUGGAAGUAUGCAUCAUUGAUCAACAUUCUUUUGAGUAUAGCUCAAUCUAUUUACCUUUUGCCUAUGUAGGUCUGUUCAUAUCAUCCACACUUAAUUCAGUAAAUUAGUGGAAUUUCCCUAAACUCCUAAGCUAUCAAUUCUCUAAAAGAAGAAAGUGAAAUUGGUUUGAUAUUUCGUAUUCUUUUUGUAUUUAAUCUGGUACCCAGUGAUUAAUGGAGAUAAGGAUAUUUGGAGUAGAAAUUGUUAGUGACUUAGACAGUAUCCCCUCAGCCCAUCUUUAACCUCAUUGUAGCUGUAAUAGUAUCCUGGGUUCUCCCAGCUUCCUGCCGCAAGUGCUGGUAGUCCCUUUUUUGCCUUGGGGAUUUCUGUAAAGCCAAAGGAUCAGGAUCUCGUUCAUCCCCAGAAGACUGGGGUACAAGUACCCCAGAGACAACACUCAACCAAUGAAGGAUGACAAUUGGUGGGUAAGUGCUUCAGUCUCCUUUCUGAGGGAUAGCUAUGUUUCUCUACAGUUCCUCAGAGGGGUCCCCAAUGAAAUGGGGGCCCACAGCAUUAACCAACCCAGUAACACUGGUAUUUUUCCUCCUAAUGCCUUAUCCCUGAUUUAUAAUACUAUUCCUAUGAGUCAUCUUCCAAACAAACCACGUUUUCUCAGGCUCUGCUUUCUGAGUAACUCAAAAUUAAGGACAUUUUUGUUGUAAUGGGAAUUUAUAUAUCAACAGAAUUGAGUGGAAAGAGGAUAAAGGGAAUAUGUGUAUUUCUGCUGGCUAUAUUUCCUACCCACUGACUGUGACUACAGUACUUUAUUCCAAUAUACCUAGCAUUCCAUUUAUGUACUCAUAACUAUAAUCAUUUUUAAUACAUGAUAAAAUUUAUUUGAGAUUUACUAGAUGCUAGCAUAGACUGAUGUUUUACUGGUCACCAGUGAUAAAGGAAUGGGUCAGGAAGCUGUGUACAUAUGUGGGUAAAGGUUUCAGGUUAAAGGGGAAGAUGCAGAAGGAAAGAUGUUCCAGCUAACAGAAAUUCAGUGUGGAAUGGUCUAGAAGUUAGAACAUUUGUUCUGAACAUAAAUAUACUCUGAGAUUGGGGGAUUAAGAGAUAAUCCUAGAGGAUCUCGUAUAGGUCAGGUCACACAGAACCUUACAAAUUUUAAGGCAGUAAGAAUCCUGUAACUAGUUUUGUGGUUCUGUUUCUGUGACUGAACCCUGACUGAUAAAUGUGAAGAAGAAUGGGGAAUAUUGGGAGUAACACAAUCACCUUUUGUUUAAGAGACAUCACUUUGACUAUGCAGUGAAGAACAGACUGCGGGGGAAGCAUGUUUCCCAUAGGAGAAUAGAGUCAGAAGGGUUUUGCGAAAUCUAGGUAAGGAAAGAUGGUGGUCUGGAUGAAACAGGAUAUUUUGACCCAAGUUUCUUCCAAAGUUGAAAAUCUCGUCUGUGUUGUUAAAUCAAUUUUAUUAUGGCAUCAUUUGUAUACAAUAAAAUACACUCAUUUUUAAAUGUA